AUGGAGUGCGAAGGACAGGUGACACCGGAAGUUAGUUCGGAAUUGAAACCAAAAUUGGGACUUGAAUUUGAUUGCUGUGAGGAUGUGUUCAAUUUCUAUAAUAUGUAUGCCGCGAAAGCCGGAUUCGGCAUUCGGUGUUCUACAACGAGAACGUGCACAUUCACAGGAGAGGUAACAAGGAAAGAAUAUGUAUGUUGUAAACAAGGGUAUGCGUUGACAAGCACUGUUAGUCGUAAGAGAAGACAACGAGGUUGUACUCGAACUGGGUGCAAGGCUAAACUUGUGAUUUUGAAGGUAAAUGAGAAGAAUAAGUACACUGUUGUAGGAUUCAAUGAGGUACACAACCAUGACAUGACCACAGUUGAUAAAGUCCAUCUAUUGAGAUCUCACCGUAACUUAACAGAGUCUACAAAGGCCUAUAGUGCACAUAUGAGCAAAGUUAAUAUCCCUGUACAUAAACAGGUAAGCCUUCUUAAGGUGCAAGUAGGGGGACUGGAAAAUGUUGGGUUUGUUAGGAGAGAUGUCUAUAAUUAUGCAUGGGACGUGCGUGGGGAGGUGAUUGGGCAUGAUGCAGAGCUGCUGAAGGAGCAUUUUUUGGCUGAGCAAGGAAAAAAUGAUUCAUUUUAUUUCAAUAUGGAGGUAGAUUCGGAAGUAAAUGUUUUCUGGGCAGAUGCAAGGUCAAGACGAGCUUAUGGGUUUUUUGGGGAUGUGGUUGUAUUUGAUACGACGUUCAACACGAACUGCUAUGGGAUGUUGUUCGAAGAAUUCAAGAAAGCCAUACCAGGUGAGCCACCCAAAAUGAUCAUCACUGAUCAAGAUGCAGCCAUGUCAAAGGCAAUUGCUUUAACUCUCCCAACAACAUUCCAUAGAUAUUGCAUAUGGCAUAUCUUGAAUAAGUUUAUGGAGAAACCCGGCAUUGGGGAAUGUUUUUCGGAAAUGUGCAAAUGCAUAUGGGGUAUGGACACGAAAGAAGAAUUUGAUGCGAAAUGGGAUGAAAUCGUCACAAGCAAUGGGCUGAAAGACCAUCCGUGGCUGAGCUCGAUUCAUGCUUUGCGGGAGAAUUGGGUUCCAUCAUAUGUAAAACAUGUGUUUUUGGCUGGGAUGUCAAGUAGUCAACGGGCUGAAAGCUGUCAUACAUUUUUCAAACCAUAUAUUAACCGAAAAAACACAUUGAUGGAAUUCAUUGUACGUUUUGAAAGAGCUCUUGGUUCACAGAGGCACAAGGAGUUAAUGGCUGAUCAUGUUGAUACCAAUGAAAAACCUUCACUGCCAUUUCGAACACCAAUGCAACAUCAAAUGGCACACAUUUACACUCGGGAAAUUCUUGAAAUGUUUGAGAGGGAAGACGUCCAAAGCAUUUUAUGCUUGUUUGAACUUGUAGAGCAAGAUGAGACCCAGUGCAGGUACAAAGUAAGUGAGCGGGUAAAUCCGGGGGUGACACGGAUGAAGGAGCUUGUGCAUGAUAAAGAUGCCGAUAAAGCUUAUUGCAACUGCAAAGGAUUUGAAUUUUGGGGUAUUCCGUGCCGACACAUCCUAACAUUUUUAAGAAUGAAGCAGGUGGAGCAGUUGCCAGACAAUUACAUAGUGAAACGAUGGCUUCAAAGUGCAAAGUGCGGUGUAGUAUAUGAUAAGAAUGACAAAGAAGUUAAAGAUUGCGUGGACGGUUUGGUUUUGGUUAAGAGAUCGAAACUUGGCAAAGUUGCAGGUGAAUUGAUAGAUUCUGCUUUGUUGUGUGAUGAAGGUUUUGAGUUGCUGAAAAAUUAG